GUUCUCCCAGAUUUUUUCGUUUGAUCUGAAACGCUCUACGAAUUCAACUUAGGAUAUUCUUGGCAAAAUGAAAAAGCCAGCAACUACAUUGAAGGGGAAAGCCAGCAAAAUGCCAGUCUCUAGCCAUCAUUGCACCACCUCCCUCACAGAACCUGUCCCUUCUUACACUGCCCUCUAUGUGGGCACCAAGUCUUCCACUGCCCCCCUCACAGAACCUGUCCCUUCUUACACUGCCCCCUAUGUGGGCACCAAGUCUUCCACUGCCCCCCUCACAGAACCUGUCCCUUCUUACACUGCCCCCUAUGUGGGCACCAAGUCUUCCACUGCCCCCCUCACAGAGUCUGCGCUGAAGGAAAAGCCCAGAAGAAAAUACAAAGAGCUGGCCAAUGGCUGGAUGAUGGAGAUAGUCAAGAGAAAGCCAGGGGCUAGUAAAAGAAAAUUUGAUGCUUAUUAUUACAGUGCUGACAACAAAAAACUGAGAUCAAAGAAAGACGUUAUUCGUUAUGGGGAAGACAACAAUGUAAACUUGGACCUGAGCUUGUUUGAGUUCAACUCCCAUAAACUCGAGCUAGAGUUUACGUUAGGCUUUACCCCUUCAAUCAGGACUUUAAUCAGUGCUAAAUCUAAAUCUGCCCCUACUAGAGAUUCUGCCCCUGCUAGAGAUUCUGCCCCUGCUAGAGAUUCUGCCCCUGCUAGAGAUUCUUCCCCUGCUAGAGAUUCUGCCCCUGCUAGAGAUUCUGCCCCUGCUAGAGAUUCUGCCCCUACUAGACAGCCUGCCUGUACCAAAAAGCCUGCCUGUACCAAACAGCCUUCCUGCAACAAACAGCCUGCCUCUACCAGACAGCCUGUCCCUGUAACAGAACUUGUCCCCAAAUGCUACAUCAGCGCCCUCUCGGAUAUAAAGUUUCAGCCAUUUGUGGUCCUGAAGGACUUUGUCAAGGCUGUGGACAAUCCAGGGAAAACAAAACUGAAUACCCAACAGUACAAACAAGAGGGCAAUUAA